AUGGGCCAUCGGACAACAUCACCGGGCGCCAUGUCCUCGCUCGUGGAAGAGAAGCCGCUGCUGAAGACGGCUCACCGAAAGGUCGACAAACGGCUGCUCGUGUGGUACUCCUUCGUCUACCUCAUCAUGCGCAUCCACGUCAGCAACAUCAGCAACGCCGCCAUCGUCAACCUCGAACAGGGCACCGGCAUCCGCAGACAGCUCGGGGACCUCUCCAGCUCGCAGUGGGCCUGGGCUCUGAGCAUCUUCUACUACCCCUACAUGUUCUUCGAGCCGCUGGCGACGCUGGCGCUCAAGAGGUUCUCGCCCUCGGUCUGGAUGAGCCGCAUCAUGAUCACCUGGGUACUCAUCAAGGGCAUCAUCUCCAUGUGCCAGGGCGCGACCCAGAACUAUGCCGGGAUACUUGCGUGCCGCUUCUUUCUAGGCCUCGCCGAGGCGGGCUUCUACCCGGGCGUUUUGUACCAUCUCAGCUUCUGGUAUCCGACCCAGAAGCUUCCGCUCAGAAUCGGCUUCUUCUAUGCUUGUGGCAUGUUUUCGGGCACGAUUAGUGGCCUGCUUGCAUAUGCCAUUUCCUUCAUGAAUGGCGUCGGAGGUCUUGCUGGCUGGAGAUGGUUGUUCAUCCUCGAAGGCAUUCCGGCAAUCCUGUGUGGAAUCUACACAUUCUUCUUCCUGCCCAACUACCCUGAGACAGUCACGUUUCUCACAGAGUCCGAACGGGACGCUGUCAUGGCCGAUCUCCCGGAGCAAGCCCCCAAUAUGAACGCCAAGACCUUCAACCUCCAGCAGGUCAAGGAGCUCUUCCGUAACCCGACCUUCAUCCCGUUCCUGAUGAUCUGGAUCACGCAUGGCAUCGGUGGAUGGGGCAUCUCUUUUGUCUUGCCGACAGUCAUCUACGAGCUGGGCAUCUCCAACACGGCAAUCUCGCAGGUCAUGACGAUGCCGCCCUUCACUCUCGUUUUUGUCAUCCUUCUAUCGCUCGCAUUCCUCGUCCACACCCGGAGGCUGAGCCCGUGGGUCGCUGGACUGGGCCUGGAAGCCGCCCAGAUCGUUUGCUACGUGCUUCUCAUCACUGUCAAGCACCCCAUCGCGAAAUACGUCUUUGUCAUGAUUGCAACAGCCGCAUCGCAGAGUUUCUUUGCCAUCAUUUGGCCGGAGCGUAUCAGAGCAGCAAAGGGAACGACAACUGCUGGCCUUGCCAUUGGACUCACGAACGCCUCAUGCCAACUCAUGGGCAUUGUAGGCCCCCAGAUAUACCAACCAAAGUUCGGACCGACUUAUCGCGUGAGCUACUCUUGCUCCAUCGGGCUGCUCUGCGGGACGCUGCUGGCCGUCUCCAGCGCUUGGUUCCUCGUUGCCCGGCAGGAUCGCGCCGACGGAGUCCAGGGGAGCGGGACGGGAGGGUCGGACACAGAAACCGGGGUCAACAUAGGAGAGGAGGGACGGGAAUCCAAAGGUUGA